CUCACCUUUCACACCACCUUCUAAAACCACCGAAUCGUCAAUUGACAGCAAGGACCGUGGCUGGACGAGAGUUCUCCCUUCUCGCCCGGAUACUAUACUCGCCGGUAACCUGGCGAGCGACUAACCCGACGAUGGACGACGAGAACAUGACUCAGCCCCGAGCGUCGACUCGGUCGCGCAUCCCCCAGGCCGGCCUUCGAGAGAUGAAUCCCGCGACAACGAAUGCUCGGUCCGGCAUGUCUGGCAUCCUGCCGCCGGGAACGAUCGCAAACAAAGCCGUUUCCCCCACCCGAACGAAGCCAACCAGUACCGUCGAAAUGAAGCGACAGCCACCCCUGACCCGCUCAAUGGUCGGCGCACCCAAGGCGCACGCGCGCGGGAACUCCUACGCCUCGUCCACGAUGUCGCGACCCGGUUCGACCACCUCCCGACCGAACAACGGCACCCUCUCGAACACGAUGGGAUACGGCUCGCGCCCUGCGUCCGCUAUGUCUCGCCCACAAACAUCCCUCGGCACUCGCAAAAUCCACGGUUCCUCGAUCUCGAUGGCGCGGCCCGCGACUUCUUUAGAUCACCAUGCCGAUGAAAAUGCAGGAAGUGUGCUUGGAAAACGCAAGGAUUCCGUGUGGGACCAAGAUUUGAAAGAAAAGGACAUGGAGGAAAUCAUGGCUCGUGUCUUCUCGCGCGUCAAUCAGUCCGGGCAGGAAAGCCAAGGCCUGAAAGAGGCCGUGGAGGUGUACAAAGCCAGGAUCGCUGAGCUUGAGGCUUCUCGAGACGGGCUCAACGAAACAAACAUGAAGCUGCGGGUUGAAAUGGAAUCAUUGAACCACCAAUUAAGCGCUGCAGAGGACGCAUUGAAAGAGGCCCUGCGGGAUCAAGAAAUCGCUAUGGACGACCUGGACCGACGCCAACGAAUAGAGAUGGAAUCAAUCCGACAAGAGAGCCAGAAGGAUGUCGAAGCGUUGAAUACUCGUCACCAGGAUGAGAUUCGCAGUCUGAAACGGAAAUUUGAAAGCGAACUGGCGGAUGAAAAAGCCGCGCGAAUUCGAGAACUCGGCCAGCUGACCUCGAAAUCGGCCUUGGACAUUCAGAGAUCAGAGAUCGAGAUGGAUAACAAAACUCGUGAGAUAAAUGCUGCAAAGGCCCAAAUUCAGGCCAUCAAAGCCGAUUUGGAACGCGAACGAAAGAUGACCAAUGAUCUCCGACAUAACUUGGAUACCGCCACUACCAACAGCGUUACAUUGGAGUCGACCAUUCGAGCCUUGAAGGCCCGCAUCGAGUUCUUGGAGGGUGGGCGUGAAGAGCAAUCCCAGGCCUUUGAGCAAUGCAAUCAGAGAAUGAUGGAUGCUCUCGCCGAGACCGAGGCAACCAAGGAGAAAUUGCGCCGAGAAGAGACCCUCCGACGAAAACUCCACAAUCAAGUUCAGGAGCUCAAAGGCAACAUUCGUGUCUUCUGUCGCGUUCGGCCACCUCUCAACAGUGAACCGCCCACUGCCAUUGCUCUGAUGCAGUACCCUGACGAGUCGGAAGAUGCCAAGGAGAUUAACAUCAUGGGCCCCGAGGAAAGGAGUAGCUUGGGCACUGUCUCUCGCAAAAACAACAGUUUCGCCUUUGAUCGGGUGUUUGGCCCCUCAACGCAAAAUAACGAGGUCUUCGAUGAGAUCAGUCAACUGGUCCAAAGUGCAUUAGAUGGCUAUAAUGUGUGCAUCUUCUGUUAUGGCCAAACGGGUAGUGGUAAGACCCAUACCAUGUCCUCACAGGACGGUAUGAUUCCUCUUGCUGUGCACCAAAUCUACGAGACAGCCCAAAGUCUGGAAGAGAAGGGCUGGCGAUACACGAUGGAGGGUAACUUUGUUGAGGUUUACAAUGAGAACCUCAACGACCUGCUCGGUCACCCCGAUGAACUCGACAAGAAGAAGCAUGAGAUUCGCCAUGACAUGCAACGGGGUAAGACCUUCAUCACCGACAUCACUACUGUACGCCUGGACUCACCCCAGAUGGUCGAAUCUAUUCUGAAGAGUGCGGCAGCGAACCGCUCAGUUGCUGCCACCAAGGCUAACGAGCGCUCCUCACGGUCCCACUCCGUGUUCAUUUUGAAGCUCAUUGGUGAAAACCACAUCACCGGAGAGCGUAGUGAAGGCACCCUCAACUUGGUUGAUUUGGCUGGAAGUGAACGUCUGAGCCACAGUGGUGCAACGGGAGAACGCCUCAAGGAGACUCAAAACAUCAAUCGCAGUUUGAGCUCGCUCGGUGACGUGAUUGCUGCCCUCGGCCAGGGCAAAGAUGGUGGACAUAUCCCAUACCGCAACAGCAAGCUGACUUAUCUCCUCCAAUUCUCCCUCGGCGGUAACUCCAAGACGCUUAUGUUUGUCAUGGUUAGCCCGCUGAAGGCGCACCUUUCGGAGACCCUGACAAGCUUGAAGUUUGCCACGAAGGUGCACAAUACCCACAUCGGCACAGCCAAGCGCCAGGCACGUGUCCGUGACUCUUGAAUAUAAUGAUACCUGUUUGUUCCUCUGCAUAUACCUGUUUGCGAGUCUCCUUUUGUUAAGUGGAGGCAGAGGUCUUUAACGAUCCUGUCCUCUGUCUGCCUCGGCGUUUGGGUCUAUGAUGAUUUUCUUUUUUUUUCCCUUUCUUACAGGUUUCAUUUGUCAUGUUGGAGGUUGCGGGGCUUGAUACUAGGCCGUUAGCCCUACGUUUGGCGUGUCAUUUACUUGUGUUUUUUGUAUGGACAUGAUGAAUCUGAUUAUUCAAUGCACAGUAAUGGAUAGUCUUGCUGCCGAU